GCGUAUUACCCUCCAGCCUAUCUGACAUACUUUUUUUCUUUUUCUCGGAAUACCGACUUUCAUUACAGCAGUCGCGGUCCUGCUGCUGCUUAUUCUCCGACCUGCCAUUCUCAUUCGCCCUUUGACCGCGUUCUGGGAUUCAUAGAAUCGAUGUGAGUCAGAACAGCAUCGCCAUUUUUAGGAAGGGGCUUUGAACCCCGUUCACGCCCAUAAAAACGACAUGAUACGCCGCCUUGGCGUCAGUCCGACUCUGUCCGCGACACCAUCUCAAGGCGAUGGCUACAUCACGAUGCCUGGUCAUUUCCGAGGAUAAGAAGAUAGUCAUUAAUGUUGGACAGCCAGGAAGAAGAGUUGAUGUACUAACAGCACUGCUCGGAACCGACUUCGCGGACAUCGUGGACGAAGGCUUGCAACUUCAGAUAUAUGAUAAAGGCUUUGAAGAAUACCUCGACUUUGGAGCAGACACCAUGGUCAGCGACAACGACAAAAUUAAGCUUGUGCGCGCAAGCCGAGGUAGCCCUCCACAGACUGAGGCAACUGAUGAUGGAACUGUUUCCGUUACUGUUGUUCCUGUUGGUGCUGUGUGCCCUGGGAUCGCCGAUGAAUAUAAGUUCCCCACGCCUCCGCUGGACCUACAGGAGCAGCUGAAAGCUGUGAAGCUGGGCGAGGUGUCCGACCAACUGAGGACAAAAAUUGUUCGAUGGUUGCACUUGGAUAUAUGCCGCUACACGCUGUACCCUGGAAAAAGGAACCUUUAUUACGAGGCUGCACGGCUCCUCGUCUACUUCUAUCCGACCUUACGUGACAUCAAUGGACCAGGCUUCAACUCUUGGUGGAGACAACUAAAGAACAGGACAAAAAACCAGAGAAAAUCGUUGAGUGACAUUGCAAUGGUGAAGGCAGCACGUGAAAAAUAUGGCAAGAGGAAGAGGGCGGAUGAUGCAGGGACUACGCCAGCGUCACCAAGAAGUUGCAUCCGUCAGACGCUCCAGGGGUGUGCCUCGGAGCAAGUUGAAGACGAUGCUACAUUGGCAGCGCACAAACUUUUUAUGGUCAGAGAAAUGCACAAGCAACCUGAUCACAGACAUUGCGAGCGUAUCACGGAUGCCAUGAGGAGGACCUACAGUGCGAGAAGGUCCUUAAUUGAGCAGAGGGAUUGCCAGCAGCAGGAGGUCCUCUCGGUCGCUGGGGUGCUCACCGAAUAUCCGGCACUGGCUUUGGAGCAUGAGAUUUAUAGGGAGUUUCAUCGGCUCACAAACUGCCAAGUAGACAGUAGGAUGGAGUGGUUCGUGGAGAAGUAUGGCGGAGCAAUCAUAUCUGCAGCAUUGAGACGCAAGCAUCCACACAAGUUCCUAAAGGAUUUUCCUGCACAUGUAGGAACUGCUGACGACAGGGAGUGUACAGCUGGAGCUGUGUGGACGGUCCUGCCGGCAUUGCUAAAAGAAGCGCCUGGUGGCAUCAUUUAUGGCGAACCCUUACCGUGUGAUCCAGCACAUCCGUCCAUUGAAGUUCGGGGAGCACUGUGGGCACCUUCGUCGAUUAAAGUGAGGCUGGAGGAUUUUUCCAUGGAAGUUGUAAGCCUCAAUACAGCGAUGGCUCUUGUGUUAUCGCUGUAUUGGGUUUACAACAUCCAGUAUUGCCAGCGCUCAAAGAAGGUGUUCACAAUGCUUGAGCACAGUUUGGGCCUUCCUCAGACAGCGGGAGCUGCAGUCCUUGUAACAAAGCUUCAGAACGAAAUUGGAUUUGAACCGUAUCAAUAAAUGCUUGUAUGUUUGU